AUGGCGACCACAUCUCCUCAGAUCAAGCUUUACACGCACCCGCUCAGUMCAUGGUCUCACCGUGUGCACAUUGCACUGGACGAGCUCAAAGUCCCCUACGAGCAAGAGAUUGUGGACAUCACCAAGCCUCGGACACCCGAGUACCUMGCUGUGAACCCCCGAGGAAAAGUUCCAGCCCUGUCCUACAAUGGAGAGACGAUGAGCGAGUCUGGUGUGAUUGCCAUGUUCCUCGCAGACAAACAUGGAUCGACCUCGGGCCUGCUUCCAUCGUCCACAACUGCGAGCGGACCACUCCUUCGUGCUCGCAUUUCAUUCUUCGUCGACACGUACUUGAACAGAGUGCAGCCCAUUUUCAUGAGUGCUCACCGUUGCAAGUCGGAUGAGGAGCGCAACGCCGUGCUGAAGGACUUUGUCAAUGCAGCUGCCACGGAACUCGACCCUUUGCUUGCAGAUGCGGCACCAUUUUUUGGCGGGUCUAGCGAACUGACACUUGCAGAGGUCUUGACGGGCUCCUUUCUCUUGCGGGCGUACCUUUUUCCCAAGAAUGGGCUUUUGUCACCGACUCUUCUUACCGAACUAGCGGAGAAAGCGCCUGCUUUCGACACCUGGGCGAAGAAGGUCAUGGAGCAUCCCAGCGUGAGCGGAGGCAUCUGGGAUGAAGAGGCGAUUGUGGCCAACAUCAAGCGGAGGAUGGCUGGCUGA